AUGUCCGCCCGGUUCGCUUCUCCGACGCCGUCGGAGAACGAGGUCGACAUUGUGGGCGACCUGUUCGCCGACGACUUUGGCGGCUUCGGCAGCGAUCUUGACGGCGACAACGACGAAACAAGCAGCCGGAAACGCAAAAAGACAAAGACCGCACCGCCGCCGCAAGAGGACGACCUCGACCUUGGCGCCAUCCUCGAGGGCGGCGGCUUCACCGACGCCAGCAAUGGUCUGCCAAAGAAGAAGGGCGUGCUGACGGGCGCCAACCUGGAGGACGGCGACGACGAGGCCUACAUUGCGCUGCAGCAGGCCGCCGCGUUCCGCAAGACGAGCAAUCUCAAGGGCGCUGCGUCCGUCAAGGGCGGCGGCUUCCAGGCCAUGGGCCUCAACCCGACGCUGCUGCGCGCCAUCACACGCAAGGGUUUCUCGGUGCCGACGCCCAUCCAGCGCAAGACGAUCCCGCUGAUCCUGGGCCGCCGCGAUGUCGUGGGCAUGGCCCGCACCGGCUCGGGCAAGACGGCCGCCUUUGUGAUCCCCAUGAUCCAGCGCCUGCGGUCCCACAGCGUGCGUGUCGGCGCGCGGGCCCUCAUCAUGUCGCCGUCGCGCGAACUGGCCAUGCAGACGCUGAAAGUCGUCAAGGAGCUCGGCCGCGACACAGACCUCAAGACGGUGCUGCUGGUCGGCGGAGACAGCCUCGAGGAGCAGUUUGCGCUGCUGGCGUCGAACCCGGACAUUGUCAUUGCGACGCCCGGCCGCUUCCUGCAUCUCAAGGUCGAAAUGUCGCUUGACCUGUCGUCCAUCAAGUAUGUCGUCUUUGACGAGGCGGAUCGCCUGUUCGAGAUGGGUUUCGCCGCCCAGUUGACGGAGAUUCUGCACGCCCUGCCGCCGUCGCGCCAGACGCUGCUGUUCUCGGCCACGCUGCCGUCGUCGCUCGUUGAGUUUGCACGGGCUGGUCUGCAGGACCCGAGCCUGGUGCGCCUGGACAUUGAGACCAAAAUCUCGCCCAAGCUCAAGAGUGCCUUCUUCAGCGUCAAGGGCCCCGAGAAGGAGGGUGCCCUGCUGCACGUGCUGCACGAUGUCAUCAAGAUCCCGCUGGGCCUGCCCGAGGCGGCCCUCAAGGCGCGCGAGGAGGGUCGGCGCAGCGGCGGGGACGGCGACGACGAUGACGCCAAUCCGCGGAAACGCAAGCGCCUCAACAGCGGCUACGUGUCCUCCAAGGUGGCACCCACCGAGCACUCGACGAUUGUCUUUGCCGCCACCAAGCACCACGUCGAGUACCUGGCAUCCAUCCUGUCCGAGGCCGGCUUUGCCGUGUCCUAUGUCUACGGCUCGCUCGACCAGACCGCCCGUAGAAUCCAGGUCGAGAACUUCCGCCACGGCCGCACCAACAUCAUGGUCGUGACGGACCUGGCGGCCCGUGGUAUUGACAUCCCCGUGCUGGCCAACGUCGUCAACUACGACUUCCCGCCCCAGGCCAAGGUCUUUGUGCAUCGCGUCGGUCGCACCGCCCGUGCCGACCAGGAGGGUAGCAGCUACAGCUUGGUGCAGGACACCGAUGCGCCGUACCUCGUGGAUUUGCAGCUGUUUCUGGGCCGCAAGCUGCUCGUGGGCCGCGACGGGAUCGAGGGCAGUCAAAGAGGCCAGUACGAUCUGACCCGCGACAUUGUCGUCGGCUCGCUCGCUCGCAGCUCGGUUGAACCGCACGUCGAGUGGGUCACGACGCUGCUGGGCGACGUGCACGACGUUGAGUUGCUGCGCCAGGUCGCGUCCAAGGCCCAGAAGCAGUACUUCCGCACGCGGCUGUCCGCCUCCAGCCAGAGCGCCAAGCGUGCGCGCGAGAUCGUUCGUAGCCGUGGCUGGUCGCAGCUGCACCCCAUCUUCGGUGACAGCACGGACACCGGCGGCACAGAUGAGCACGGCGCAGAAGGUGCCUCCGUCGGCCUGGCACGCGAAGACCUGCUGGCCAAGAUCACGGGGUACAAGCCGCAAGAGUCCAUCUUUGAGGUCCACCACCAGAACAAGAAGGCCAUGAAGAGCAAGGCAGCCGAAAUCAUGCGCACAAUGCGGAAACGCGCUGGCCCGCGGCGUAGCGCCAGCGGAGUGCCUACCACAACCGAUGGUGGUGAGGACGACGGCCCCUCUGCGGCGGAAAUCAACGGUGCGGAUUACGAAGAGGGUGCUGCGGCACUGGUCAAUGGUGGUGGCGGUGGCGGCGGCGACGACGACGACGACGACGACGAGGCAGAGGACCCAUGGGAGGAUGACGAUGACGAGGAUGAGGACUACGGCGCAGAUGUGCUCGAAAACGCGGAUGCCUGGGCCGUCGACAAUGGCGAGGGUGACACCGAUGUCGGCGGCGCGGGGGCCGCCUCGUGGGUCGACAGCUCCGUGUACAUGUCCUACACCCCUCGCGCAGGCCCCAGCAUGGAUGCGCGCGCCGUCGAAGAGCGCGGCUACGGCGUGCACGGCCGCGGUGGCGACGACGACAUGGACAGCGGCUUCAACAGCUUUGCGCAGGCGGCCCGCGACGCCACGAUGGACCUGACCAACGACGACACCGCCAAGGCGUUUGGUGUCCCCACGCGCACCAAGUUGCGCUGGGACAAGAAGCAGGGCAAGUACGUGGCCCGCGCCAACGACGAGGACGGUAGCCGCGUGCAGGGCGGCAAGGGCGGUGGCAAGAUGAUCCGCGGCGAGAGCGGCGUCAAAAUUGCGGCGUCCUUCCAGAGCGGCCGCUUCGACAAGUGGCGCAAGGCCAACCGCCUCGGCCGUCUGCCGCAGGUCGGCGAUGCCGAGCGCAGCGGACUGGCGCGCCAGGUGCAGAACCCCGCGGCUGGCGGUUCUGGUCCUGGCGGCCGUGGUGGCUUCAAUGCCGGCCCGGGCACUGGUCGCUUCAUGCACAAGAAGGAGCUGGCGCCCAAGGAGGCUGACAAGUUCCGCGGCAACUACCACGUGCAAAAGAAGCGCGUAACCGAGGCCCGCGAGAACCGGGUCGGCCGCUUCAAGGACGGCGAGGGAAGCUAUCGCGAGGUCAAGGGCAUGGACGACGUCCGCAAGGCCCGCAAGGUCAUGGAGCAGAAGAAGCUCAAGAAUGCGCGCCCGGCACGAGACGGCGGUCGGGGUGGCGGCAGAAGUGGCGGUGGCGGCGGCCGUGGCCGGGGUGGCGGCCGUGGCGGUGGCGGUCGUGGUGGUCGUGGUGGUCGUGGCGGUGGACGUGGUCGUGGUUAG